UUUGUUUUCGUCGCUGAAACAUUGAGCAAUCGCAGCGAGCGGAUUAACGCAACUACCGUCGCAGUUGUUGCCAUCGCCGUCGUCGUCGUCGUCGUCGGUUCGUCGUCUGCAGAAUCCGUCGAAUCGGUAUUACAAACGAUAUCGAUAACUCGAUAUCCAAGUGCAAGUGUAGACAAGUGCCCAACUAGCGGUAACUGCGACAAACAAGUGUGCUAAGCGAAGAAAUAUUUGUAGUUCGCUGUCGAAAUCUAAGGAAAAAUUCUAAGCCUCAGUAGGCAGGCUGUCGGCCCCCCAAUCCCAACCCCAACUGCUCACAUCUGCUAGCGUUUGUCGCCGCGUUUUUAUUUUGUUUUCGUCGCGAUCGUCGCGUCGUCGUCGUUGCCGUCGCUUCGUCUUCGUUGUCGUCGUUUUCUUCGUCUUCUUCGUCUUCUUCGCUGUUUUCUUUCUUUCGCCGUGCAGCAAAAAUGUGAGGAAAAGAGCCAAACAAAAUAAACGCAACAAGAAGAAAAUAAACGGAAUUCGAGCCUUUGACUGAGCUUUUUUUUGGGAGGGAAAAACUUCGGAGUGCGCUUCGAGUCAAUAAAUGCCGAAUGUUGAGAAAAUUGCAAUAUUUGCAUUUUAAUUAAAUCGCAAAGAAUUUCCGUGUCGCCGUGUUUGUGUAUGUAUAAGUGUGUGUGCCCUACAACAACAAAAUACACACAAAAUAUAUAAUCAAAAGAAAAAAAAAAUAAAAUACAAGAAAAAAUACAAAAAGAAAUAAACCAGAAAAAGGCGAAAAGAAAUAUUGUUCAACAAGUCAAACGAGUUCUUUUGGCUCGCUUUGGCCGUGUGGCCAGCAGCAGCAACAGCAACAGCAGCUACAAUAACAACAACAACAAAAAAUCGACUCAACAUCGCAUUUGGUGGCAGUGGCAAGCAGCAAGUUUUGUUGUUUGCGCCUUUGGUGAAAAAUAUUGACAGCAUUUAGCCACAAAAUCACAAAAUGGCGCCUGAAGCUGGACGUAGCGUAGGGCAUACGCAGUCGACGAUAUGCGAAUAACGCCAUGUUGGGUCUUUCAGCAUACCCAAGCGAGAGGAAGAAACGAAACUGCAAAAGCAACAGCAAGCCCCAAAAACCAAACGAAAUGUUCAAGAGUGCGAGAUCGACGGCGAGUUCUGUGAACUCCAACAACAGCAGCAACAGCAACAGAGAGAGCAAAGCAAACACAAGACGGCGUGCCACGCCCAGAACGCCCCAGAAAGAUUACACAAUGUUUCACAGAUGCCGGCGACGCAGCCGGCACAGCUCAAGGUCAACAUUACCCGCCACAAACACGAACAGCUGCUGCCGGAGCUGGACUGGUCUGCUCUGGCUGCUCCUAGUCUCCUGCAGCCUGUUUGGGAGCUGCGCGGCGGGCACGUCGGACAAGGAGCGCGAACGACGUCUGGAGGUCUUUGAGGGCGUGCCCAUUGACCAUCAGAUCGGCUAUAUCGGUGACUUUGACAGCAUUGACAGCGGCCCGCCCUACAUCAUUGUGGCGGAGGCGGGCGUGGAAACGGAUUUGGCCAUCGAUCGCACCACGGGCGAAAUACGCACCAAGGUGCGCCUGGACAGAGAGACGCGGGCAUCGUACAGCCUCGUUGCCAUACCUCUGAGUGGCCUGAAUGUACGCGUCGUGGUGACGGUGCGGGAUGAGAACGACAAUGCGCCCACGUUCCCGCAGCCGGCCAUGCACAUCGAGUUCCCGGAGAAUACGCCGCGCGAGGUGAAGCGCACGCUGCUGCCGGCUCGAGACUUGGAUCUGGAGCCGUACAAUACGCAGCGCUACAACAUUGUGUCCGGCAAUGUGAACGACGCCUUUCGCCUGUCCUCGCACAGGGAACGGGACGGCGUGCUGUACCUCGAUCUGCAGAUCAGCGGAUUUUUGGAUAGGGAGACAACGCCCGCGUAUAGUCUGCUGAUAGAGGCUCUCGACGGUGGGACACCGCCUCUGAGAGGCCUGAUGACCGUCAAUAUAACCAUACAGGAUGUCAACGACAAUCAGCCCAUCUUCAAUCAGAGUCGUUACUUCGCCACGGUGCCGGAGAACGCCACAGUGGGCACCAGUGUGCUCCAGGUGUACGCCUCCGAUACGGACGCCGAUGAGAACGGUCUGGUGGAGUAUGCCAUCAAUCGCAGGCAGAGCGAUAAGGAGCAAAUGUUUCGCAUUGAUGCGCGCACGGGUGCCGUCUAUAUCAACAAGCCGCUUGACUUUGAGACCAAGGAGCUGCACGAGCUGGUCGUCGUGGCCAAGGAUCAUGGCGAGCAGCCGCUGGAGACGACAGCCUUCGUAUCGAUCAGAGUCACAGACGUCAACGACAAUCAGCCAACGAUCAAUGUGAUCUUUCUAAGCGAGGACGCCUCGCCCAAGAUCUCGGAGUCGGCACAGCCGGGCGAGUUUGUCGCUCGCAUCUCCGUGCACGAUCCGGACUCGAAGACGGAGUACGCCAAUGUGAAUGUCUCGCUGAAUGGAGGUGAUGGCCACUUCGCCUUGACCACGCGUGACAACAGCAUCUACUUGGUCAUUGUCAAUCUGCCGCUGGAUCGCGAGGCCACCUCCAACUACACAUUGAGCGUUGUGGCCACGGAUAAAGGCACGCCGCCCUUGCAUGCCACCAAGUCCAUCUUUCUGCGUGUCACGGAUGUCAACGACAAUGCGCCCGAGUUCGAGCAGGAUGUGUACCAUGCGAACGUCAUGGAGGUCGCCGAUCCGGGCACCUCGGUGCUGCAGGUCAUGGCCCGCGAUCGGGACGAAGGCAGCAAUGCGGCAUUGAGCUAUGCCCUGGCCGAUACGCCCGAUACGCACGCUCAGUGGUUCCAGAUCGAUGCUCAGACGGGCCUGAUAACCACGCGCUCGCACAUUGACUGCGAAACGGAGCCGGUGCCGCAGCUGACGGUGAUCGCUCGCGAUGGCGGACAGCCGCCACUCAGCUCCACGGCGACGGUGCUCGUCACCAUACACGAUGUCAACGACAACGAACCGAUCUUCGAUCAGAGCUUCUACAAUGUCUCCGUUGCCGAGAACGAGCCCGUGGGCAGGUGUAUACUCAAGGUGUCGGCCAGCGAUCCGGAUUGCGGCGUGAAUGCCAUGGUCAACUACACGCUCGGCGAGGGGUUCAAGCAUCUCACGGAGUUCGAGGUGCGCUCGGCCUCGGGCGAGAUUUGCAUCGCCGGCGAACUGGACUAUGAGCGGCGCAACAGCUACGAGUUUCCGGUGCUGGCCACGGACAGGGGCGGACUGAGCACCACGGCCAUGAUCAAGCUCCAGCUAACAGACGUGAACGACAAUCGGCCGGUGUUCUAUCCGCGGGAGUACAAUGUCUCGCUGCGCGAGUCUGGACCGGCACAGGGCAGCGGCACGUCCAUGCCCAUUGUGGCCGUGGUGGCCACGGAUCCGGAUGCGGGCAGCUUUGGCCAGGUGUCGUAUCGCAUUGUCGCCGGUAACGAGGGCGGCAUCUUUCGCAUCGAUCGCAACAGCGGCGAGAUCUUUGUCGUACGGCCGGACAUGCUGUCCGUGCGCACCCAGGCGAUGCACAUACUCAACAUCUCAGCCACGGACGGCGGCGGCCUGCGCACCAGCACCGAUGCCGUCGUCUUCCUCAGCAUCAUCGAUGCCAUGCAACGGCCGCCGAUCUUCGAGAAGGCGCGCUACAACUACUACGUCAAGGAGGAUGUGCCGCGCAACACAGUCGUCGGGUCGGUGAUAGCCACCAGCAGUGACACCGCUCAACGCAGUCCGGUGCGCUAUUCUAUAUACUCGGGCGAUCCGGAUGGCUACUUUAGCAUUGAGCCCGCCUCGGGCAAUAUACGGAUUGCCCGCCCGCUGGACCACGAGGCCAAGGCGCAGGUCCUGCUGAACAUACAGGCGACCAGCGGCGAGCCGCCCGUCUAUGGCCACACGCAGGUUAACAUCGAAGUGGAGGACGUCAAUGACAAUGCGCCCGAGUUCGAGACGAGCAUGGUGCGAAUCUCGGUGCCCGAGAAUGCCGAGCUGGGCACACCGCUGUUCGCUGCCCACGCCCACGACAAGGACUCGGGCAGCAGCGGGCAGGUGACCUACAGCAUUAGGGGCAAUGCCAAUGCCACCCAGCAGGGGCCGGGCCGCGGCAAGGCGCAGCCAACGGGCGCUGCCCUCUUCGCUAUCGAUGCACGCUCGGGCCACCUAGUGCUAUCACGACAUCUGGACUACGAGACCGCGCAGCGGCAUUCGUUAAUUGUGACGGCCACCGAUGGCGGUCUACCGCCCCUCUCGGCGGAUCUCACCAUACUCGUCGACGUGCAGGACGUCAAUGACAAUCCGCCCGUCUUCGAGCGCGACGAAUACGCGGUGAAUGUGUCCGAAUCGCGGGCCGUUAAUGCACAGAUCAUCCAGGUGAAUGCCAGCGAUCUCGACACGGGCAACAACGCGCGCAUCACCUAUCGCAUCGUGGACGCUGGCGCGGAUAAUACCAGCCAGAGCCUGGCGAACGCUGGCGGCCCGGACGCCGAUCUUGCCCAGCACUUCGGCAUAUUCCCCAACUCCGGCUGGAUCUAUCUGCGUGCGGCACUCGAUCGAGAGAGCCGCGAUCGCUAUGAGUUGACCGUCCUGGCCACCGACAACGGCACGCCGGCGGCGCAUGCGCGCGCCCGUGUGCUGGUCCGCGUGCUGGAUGCCAACGAUAAUGAUCCGAAGUUCCAGCGCGAGAGCUACGAGUUUCGCAUCGAGGAGAAUCUGCGACGCGGCGCCGUUGUGGGCGUUGUUAGUGCCAGCGAUGCGGACCUGGGCGAGAAUGCGGCCAUACGCUACAGCCUGCUGCCAGCCAAUUCCAGCUUUCAGGUGCAUCCCGUCACAGGCGAGAUAACCACACGCGAGCCGCUGGAUCGAGAGCUGCGCGAACUGUACGAUCUGAUGGUGGAGGCAAGGGAUCAGGGCACGCCGACGCGCAGUGCCCGGGCACCGGUGCGUGUCCAUGUGACAGAUGUGAAUGACAAUGCGCCGGAGAUAGCCGAUCCGCAGGAGGAUGUGGUUAGCGUGCGCGAGGAGCAGCCACCGGGCACCGAGGUGGUGCGCAUACGCGCCAUCGAUCGCGAUCACGGCCAGAAUGCAUCCAUCAACUAUUCGCUGCUGAAGGGUCGUGACUCGGAUGGGCACGGCCUGUUCAGCAUUGAUGCCAACACUGGCGUGAUUCGCACACGCGUCGUCCUCGACCACGAGGAGCGCAGCAUCUAUCGCCUGGCGGUGGCCGCCACCGAUGGCGGCAAUCCGCCCAAACAGACGCUGCGAAUGCUGCGCGUCGAGGUGCUCGAUCUGAAUGACAAUCGGCCGACGUUCACCAGCUCCAGUCUGGUCUUCAGGGUACGCGAGGAUGCGACCGUGGGCCAUGUCGUGGGCUCGAUUAGCCCCAAUGAGCGCGCGGAGCUGCCGCCGGUUAGCAGCAACAGCCUGGAUGAGCUGAACGAUCCACUGUGCGUCACAUACACCUUGAAUCCGCUGACCAAGGACCUGAUCGAGGGUGCCUUCGACAUAGACAGGAACACGGGCAAUCUGGUGGUGGCUCGCCAGCUGGACCGCGAGCUGCAGUCGGAGUUCCGGCUAGAGAUACGCGCUCUGGACACCUCGGCUAGCAACAAUCCGCAGAGCAGCGCGAUCACCGUCAAGAUCGAGGUGGCCGAUGUCAAUGACAAUGCGCCCCGCUGGCCGCUCGAUCCGAUCGAGCUGCAGGUGAGCGAAUCUCUGCCCGUGGGCGCCAUCAUACACAACUUCACGGCCACCGACGCGGACUCCGGCACCAACGGGGAGCUGCAGUACCGCCUGCUGCGCUACUCGCCCCAGCUGAACGAGAGCCUGGAGAGGGCGACGCCGCUGUUCGCGCUGGACUCGCUGACGGGCUCGCUGAGCCUGCAGGCGCCGCUGGACUAUGAGUCGCUGCAGGAGUAUUUGCUCAUUGUGCAGGCGCUGGAUCAGUCCUCCAAUGUUACGGAACGGCUGCAGACCUCGGUCACGGUGCGGCUGCGUAUCCUGGAUGCCAACGAUAAUGCGCCGCAGUUUGUGGUGCCCAGCACAAGUGGUGCUGGUGGUGCAGCCACAGUGUAUGUGAGCGAUGCCACACGCAUUGGCGAAAUGGUCACGCACAUCGUGGCCGUGGAUCGGGAUGCGGGUGAGAACGGGCGCAUCAGCUACGACAUUGUCAGCGGCAAUGGCGAGGGACGCUUUCGCAUCAAGCCCCAGUCGGGCAUCAUUGAGCUGGCCAAGACGCUGCCACCUGCCUCCGAGCAGCUGGACAAGACUGGCCGAUUCACUCUGACCAUCCGUGCCAGCGACCACGGCGCACCCUCACCACAGCAUACGACUCUUAGCCUUCAGCUGCUGGUGCAGGGCAGCCACAGCAAUCCGCCCCGAUUCCUGCAGGCCGUUUACGAGGCGACCAUCCUGGAGAAUGUGCCCAGCGGCAGCUUUGUGCUGCAGGUAGCCGCCAAGGCCUUUCAUGGAUCCGACAAUGCGAAUCUCAGUUAUGAAAUACCCAAUGGGGUGGCCGACAACCAUUUCCAUGUGGACUGGCAGCGCGGCAUUGUGACGACGCGUGGCCAAUUCGAUCGUGAGACGCAGUCCCGUUACACGUUGCCAAUUUACGUGCGUGACGCCAAUCGCAUGAGUGCCACGCCCACCGCGGCCAUACGCAAACAACGCUCCUCGGAGAGCAGCGCGGAGCCGGCAACGGGCCAGCACUUUGACGUGGCCACGCUCAUCAUCAGCAUCGGCGACGUCAAUGACAAUGCGCCAGAGUUCCGUCCGGGCUCCUGCUACGGGCUGUCCGUGCCGGAGAACAGCGAAUCGUCCGUCAUUCACACGGUGGUGGCCAGCGACCUGGACGAAGGCGCCAAUGCAGAGAUCGUUUACAGCAUCAUUGGCGGCAAUCUGGGCAACAAGUUCAGCAUUGAUGCCCGGACAGGCGAGCUGAGCGCACGGUCCUUGGAUCGGGAGCAACAUGCUCGAUACACGCUGCAGCUGCAGGCGUCGGAUCGCGGCCAGCCCAUCACCCAUCAGGGUCACUGCAACAUCAGCGUCUUCGUGGAGGAUCAGAAUGACAAUGAGCCGCGCUUCGACCAGCCCAAAUAUGUGGCCACUGUGCCGGAGAAUGCGCCAAUCGGCAGCAGCGUGCUGCGCAUUAACGCCCGCGACGCCGAUCUGGGUGUGAACUCCCGGUUGGUUUACUCCCUGGCCAAUGAGACGCAAUGGCAGUUUGCUAUAGACGGAACCAGCGGACUCAUCACCACCGUCGGCAAACUGGAUCGCGAGCUGCAGGCCAGCUACAGCUUCAUGGUACUGGCCACCGACUGUGGACGGUACGAGGUGCGCUCCAGCAGUGUUGCCGUGCAGAUCAAUGUGCUGGACGUCAACGACAACAAGCCCGUCUUUGAGCGUUAUCCCUACACGGGGCAGGUGCCGGCGCUCAUUCAGCCAGGGCAGACGCUGCUCAAGGUGCAGGCGCACGACGCCGACCAGGGCGCCAAUGGGGAUGUGCUCUAUGCCCUGAAGGCGGACAGCACGCUGACUGCAGCUGCCAUGCGGAGCAAAUUUCGCAUUAAUCCCAACACGGGCGCCCUGAGUGCCACCCAGAGCCUGGCCAGCGAGACGGGCAAUUUGCUGCAGCUGGAGAUUAUCGCGCGAGACAAGGGAAAUCCCCCGCAGAGCAGCGUCGGCCUGAUCGAGCUGCUCGUGGGCGAGCCCAGCCCCGGAGUGCCCGUGCUGCACUUCCAGAACGAAACCUAUCGGACGAAGCUGCGCGAGAACUCCCCCACGGGCACUAAGCUGCUCCACGUGGCCGCCGUGCGCAGCGAUGGCCGGCGGCAGAAGCUGAACUUCUCCUUUGGCGCUGGGAAUGAUGAUGGCAUAUUCGCGCUGGAUGCGGCUACAGGUGAAAUACGUGUGGCAAAUCCUCAACUGCUGGACUACGAUCGCUUUGCCACGCCCACGCUGGCGCCCCUCAGUCGCGGCCGUGCCAUGCACUACGAGCAGGCUGAGAUGGAGCAGGCCGAGCAGCUGGAGCAGCAGGAUACCACGAACAGCUCAAGGAGCCAACGCGCCUUGGCCAGCUCUUCGUUUGCCCUGGCCACGACUCAGCCGCACGAGCUGCGCCUUGUGGUAGUGGCACGCACCACCGAGCCACCAUUCCUGUCCACCUACGCGGAGCUGGUGGUCGAGCUGGAGGAUGAGAAUGACAACAGCCCGCAGUUCUCGCAGCGCCAGUUCGUGGCCACCGCCUGGGAGGGCAACAGCAAAGGCACCUUCGUCGCCCAGGUGCAGGCCUUCGAUGCGGACGAGGGCGCCAAUGCACGCCUCCGAUAUCACAUAGUGGACGGCAACCACGACAAUGCGUUCGUCAUCGAGCCCGCCUUCAGCGGCAUUGUGCGAACGAAUAUUGUGCUCGACCGCGAGAUCCGCGACGUCUACAGCCUCAAGAUAAUUGCCACCGACGAGGGUGUGCCCCAGAUGACGGGCACCUCCACGAUACGCGUGCACAUCGUGGACGUCAACGACAACCAGCCCACGUUUCCGCCCAACAAUGUGAUCAGCGUCAGUGAGGCCACCGAACUGGGCGCUGUGAUAGCCUCGCUGUCGGCCAACGAUGUGGACACCUACCCCUCGCUAACCUACCGUCUGGGCAACGAUUCACCCGUGGAGAGGGACAAUCUGAUGCACUUCAGCCUUGAUCGCUAUAGCGGAAAGCUGGUGCUGAAGCGCCGCCUGGACUACGAGCUGCAGCAGGAGUACCAAUUGGAGAUAAUAGCGUCUGAUGCAGCACACGAGGCGCGCACCACACUCACCGUCAGAGUGGCCGAUGAGAACGACAAUGCGCCCAGAUUUGUGGCGCAGAAGCCACCCGCCUACUUUGCGCUGUUGCCGGCAGCCACGGAGCUGCUGGAGAGCUCCUCCAUGGACGUGGAGCUGGUCACGGUGAAUGCCACAGACGCGGAUGCCGAGGGUCGCAACUCAAGGAUUAGCUACCACAUCGAGCCACCAGUGGCCGGCUUCAGCGUGCAUGCCACGACGGGCGUGGUCUCGGUCAACAUGAGUCACCUGCCAGCCGCUGAGUCCAGCAGCGGGGACUACUUUGUGGGCAUUGUGGCGCGGGAUGCGGGCAAGCCGCAGCUGAGUGGUGCCACGCUGCUGCGCGUGCAGCCGGAUGACAGCGGUGCGGGCCGCACGCAGUUCCUGCAGACCCAAUAUCGCGCACAGAUCAGCGAGGCGGCGCCGCUCGGCUCAGUUGUGCUGCAGCUCGGGCAGGAUGUCAAGGAUCAGGCACUCGCCAUUGUCGCGGGCAACGAGGAAGCCGCCUUCGAGCUGCUGCCCAACAAGGCGCUCGUGCUGGUCAAGCUGCUGGACCGGGAACGCAACGAUCUCUACAAGCUGCAGCUGCAGCUCAGCCAAGGCAACGGCAACACAGCGGCCACUAGCUCCAGCUCCAGUUCCAGCUCCAAUUCGAGCACCGGCAUUACGGUCUUUGUCAGCGUGCUGGACGCCAACGAUAAUGCGCCCAUCUUCGAUCCCAGCGCUAAGUACGAGGCAGAGAUCAGCGAGCUGGCGCCGUUGCGUUAUUCGAUUGCCCAGCUGCUCGCGCUGGACGCCGACCAGGAGAACACGCCCAACUCUGAGGUGGUCUACGACAUCAGUUCCGGCAACGACGAGCACAUGUUCACCAUUGACCUGGUGAGCGGAGUGCUCUUCGUCAACAACCGCCUGGACUACGAUAGCGGCGCGACGAGCUAUGAGCUGAUCAUACGCGCCUGCGACAGCCACCAGCCGCGGCCACUCUGCAGCCUGCAGAGCUUCCACCUCUCGCUGCACGACGAGAACGACAAUGCGCCGCAGUUUCCGCUGGCCGAAUACGUUCACUCGCUGGCCGAGAACGAGCCGCUGGGCAGCUCCGUGUUUCGGGCCCAUGCCAGCGAUCUGGAUCGCGGCGCCUUUGGCCAGCUGAACUAUAGCCUGGUGGCGGCAGCUGGCGAUGACAGCUCGUGGCGUCUGUUCCGCGUGGACGCCGCCACGGGCAUUGUCAGCUCGGGCGCAGUGUUCGACUACGAGCAGCGGCAGCGCUACAAUCUGCAGCUGCGAGCCAGCGACAUGGGCGGACGGAGCGCUCGGGUGGCGGUGCGCGUUGAGAUUGAGUCGCGGGACGAGUUCACGCCGCAGUUCACGGAGCGCACAUAUCGGUUCGCGCUGCCAGCGUCGACGGCGCUGCCGCUGGGCUUUGUCGUCGGGCAGGUGACGGCCACAGAUGCCGAUAGCGGUGCGGACGGGCGUGUGGUUUACCAAUUAAGCGCACCACACAGCCACUUCAAGGUGAAUCGCAGUAGCGGCGCGGUGCUGAUCAAAAGGAAGCUAGACGACAGCCUCAUCGACGACGGCCGCGAUAUCAGCUUGGUGAUCUCGGCCUCGUCGGGCCGCCACAACUCGCUGACGAACAUGACCGUCGUGGAGAUCGCGCUGGAUCCGCUGGCACAUCCCAACACGAACCUCGCUUCCAUCGGCAUGGCCGGUGGUGCGGCGGGUGGCGGCGCGGCCGGUGGCGGUGCCAGUGGCUCUGGCGGCUCGCCCAGCGAUUGGAUUGUCGGUGUGCUAGUCACGCUCCUGCUCAUCCUCUGCGCCGCCGCGGGCAUCUUCCUCUUCAUCCACAUGCGCAGCCGACGGCCGCGCAACGCCGUCAAGCCACAUCUGAGCAGCGAAACGGUGGGCGUAGGCAACUCCAACAGCUAUGUGGAUCCCAGUGCCUUCGACACCAUGCCCAUACGCGGCGGCAUGACGGCAGCGGGCGGUGCCAGUGGUGCUGUGGCCUCCGGCCAGUUUGCUCCACCCAAGUACGAUGAAAUUCCGCCGUUCGGCCCGCAUGCGGGCAGCUCGGGCGCAGCAACCACAUCUGAGCUCUCCGGCUCCGAGCAGUCGGGCUCGAGUGGCCGCGGCUCGGCGGAAGAUGAUGGCGAGGAUGAGGAGAUCCGCAUGAUCAACGAGGGGCCAUUGAGCCACCGUGCUGGCGCCGGCGCCGGCAGCGACGAUGGACGCAUUUCGGACAUCUCGGUGCAGAACACACAGGAGUACCUCGCCCGCCUGGGCAUCGUGGACCAUGAUCCCAGUGGCGGUGGCACCGGCGCCGCCUCCAGCAUGGCCGGCUCCAGCCAUCCCAUGGCCAUGCCCAUGCCCACGCUGCACAUGUUCGAUGCGGACGAAACGGCGCGCUCGGACAUCACGAAUCUGAUCUACGCCAAGCUGAACGAUGUGGCCGGCGCUGGUUCGGAACGGGGCAGCAGUGCGGACGACGCGGCCACCACGGCGGGCAGCAUCGGCACAGUGGGCCACGGCCAUGGCCACGGCGUGAUGGCCAGCUAUGGCGAGGUGCCAGUGCCGGUGCCGGUGCCCGUCGUGGUGGGCGGCAGCAAUGUGGGCGGCUCGCUCAGCUCCAUUGUGCACAGCGAGGAGGAGCUGACGGGCAGCUACAACUGGGACUACCUGCUCGACUGGGGCCCGCAGUACCAGCCGCUGGCGCACGUCUUCUCGGAGAUAGCAAGACUGAAGGACGACACGAUGUCGGAGCACAGCGGUCACAGCGGCAGCGGCGCCUCGUCCAGCGCGAAGAGCAAACAGUCCCUGGCCCACUCCUCGCACUCAUCGGGCGCUGGCAGUGUGGUGCUGAAGGCACCACCCGCACACAUACCACCACCGCUGCUGACCAACGUGGCCCCGCGCGCCAUCAAUCUGCCCGUGCUGGGCAAUGCGGGUGGCCUGCGCCUGCCGCCCCACCUCAGCAUGUCCGGUCUACCACGUUCGCCCAUCGGCCACGAGGCCAGCGGCGGCUUCAGCACCUCCUCGGCCAUGUCCCCUUCGUUUUCGCCUUCGCUCUCGCCGCUGGCAACGCGCUCGCCAUCGAUUUCGCCCCUGGGCGGGCCGCCCACUCACAUGUCGCACGUCUCUCUGCCGCGCCACGCCCCCCAGCCCAGCCAGCGCGCCAAUGUGGGCACGCGAAUGUGAGCCGUGAACUGAACCCGCAAUUCCCCCCAAAUCUGUGUGAUCAAACAUUAGAGUUUAGCCCACUUAGCGUACUUAGUUCUAGUUAGUGCCAGAGAGGAUUCGAAUGGAGCGCAGCUGCACAUGCAUAGUAUUAAUUGCACCACACCACAUAAGACAUACACACACCCACACACACAUAUGCAUUAUCAAGUAAAGACAAGGGUCCAGGCAACACUUGAGAGAUUUCCAUGAAUCCCUAUUGAUAUUUGUUUCCAAAAACUUGUUCAAAAGAAAUUAUUUAAUCAUAAAUUAUUAUAUCCCUAUUUCGUUGUUGUUAAUUAAGAUUGUAUUAAAUUAAUUUCUAUAAGUCAUGAUGCAUUCAUUACGUAUCGCAUUCCAUUGACGAGUGUUGCUGGGAACUCAUUAGGCACAUCAACAUACCAACACACACACACACACACACACACUCACACUUAUACACACAGGCACGCAUAGCUGUUGUAUGUAAUGUAUAUAUAGUAUAUGUACGAUUGUAGUAGUAACACGACCACAAAGCCAACAAAGACUCUCUGAUAAAUAUGCUUGGUUGGCCGCCUCGAAGCGCCAACGGGCCGAACAGACAAAAAAAAAUAAAAUAAAAGCCAAGCCAGCCAUAAGUUGUAAGCAUUUCUUAAAAGCUAAACAGAAAAGUAAAGAG